AUGGAUGAUUAUUCCACGAUGCCAGAUUAUGGGAUAACGACAACUUUUGACUAUGGGAGUAUAGAACAGCCAGUCACUGACAAAAAUGUGAAAGGAUUCACCUCUUACUUUGUGCCACCGCUUUACUCUUUGGUGUUCAUAUUUGGCCUGCUGGGCAACUCACUGGUGGUGCUUAUUCUCAUUAGAUACAAGAAACUCAAGAGCAUGACCGAUAUCUACCUGCUCAAUUUAGCCAUCUCGGACUUGCUUUUCAUCAUCUCACUCCCAUUUUGGGCUCAUUACGCAACCCGUGAGUGUUUUGUAUUUGGAGAUGCAAUGUGCAAAAUUCUCUCUGGGGUCUAUUGUGUAGGCUUUUACAGCGGAAGUUUUUUUAUCAUCCUUUUGACUAUCGAUAGAUACCUGGCCAUCGUCCACGCAGUGUUUGCAUUAAAAGCCAGGACGAUCACCUAUGGCACCCUCACAAGCGUCGUCACUUGGGUGGUGGUCUUAUUAGCCUCUGUGCCAGAAUUUGUAUUUCACCGUGUUCAAAAGGCAAAUGAGACAUACGAAUGUAUCGUUCAUUAUCCCUCAGAAAAUGAAAAAGUAUGGAAGCAAUUCCUAACUUUAAUGAAGUUCAUUUUGGGCCUAGCCAUUCCUGCAGUCAUUAUUAUCUUCUGUUACCUGCGGAUUAUCAUGAUUUUGAUUAAGGGUAGAAAUCAGAGAAAGCAGAAGGCUUUCAAGCUUAUUGCUGUGAUCAUGGUUGUUUUUUUCCUCUUCUGGAUGCCAUACAACAUUGCCCUUUUGCUGCGGACCUUUCAAGAUUCAUUUUCAUUUAACUCAGAGAAUAAUAUUGAGGGCAAGGUAGCUUUCGGUGUUGAAGUCACAAGAGUAAUUGCUCUGAUUCACUGUUGCAUCAACCCUGUGAUUUAUGCCUUUCUGGGCGAAAAAUUUCGGAAAUAUACCUCUAUAUUUUUCCAAAAGUGCUUGUUAGCUCCUCUCUGUAGGCUCUGCCCAGGUCGCAAUUAUCCUAUUUUGGAACGGUCUACUUCCUCCUAUAUAAGUUCAACAGAACAUGAAAUUUCUAUUGGUUUGUGAAGUGGUUUCCUGUUGUCUUUGUCCAUCUUUUCUUUCUAAAGACUUUAGUUGGUUAGGGUUGCCAUAUGUCCGGGAUUUCCAGGACAUAGCCAGAAGAUAAUAAUAAUAAUAAAAAUUUUUAUUUA